UGCUAUUUUUUCAAUCUUUUUCAAAAAAAUAGUUAGGGUUUCGUUGUUGCACAUCACACUUUACCACAACGAUGGCGUGCACGGUUGAUUUCCGGUGCCUCGACGAGGGUUUCGGCGGCAAAACCUACAAGCGCAAGCGCGAACAGUCCCAACCCCAAGCUGACGCCGAAGACGGCAUCAACACGAAUACCAACGAAAAUUGCGGCACAGUUUCAAUGGAGACCGACGAAGCCGUUCCUCCACCAGCCAAGAGAUCCGCCAUACCUUCAUCCGACGACCCGAACAAGCCGGUGUUCGGGCGGCCGACCUACGAUGGAGUGAUCGCCGGAAAAGUUUCGGGUCGGAAGUGGAAGCAAGCGAAGAGGCAGAGGGCUUCGUCGGUGCAGGUGAGCAGGAAGGGCACGACGUUCGAGGAGAGGGAGAGGGAGAGGAUGAUCAAGAAGGCGUAUAGAGAGAGGAUGACGGAGCUGAAGGAGGAGAUUCGCGUGAACAAGGUUGAGAAGAGGAAGAAGAGGGAAGAGAGAGAGAAGAAGAAGCAGGAGAAUAUUUUGAGAUCUGGUACCAAAUUUCAGAAGAUUACGAACCCUAAUACGUUGAUGAGAAUUGCCAAUUCUAAGCAGAGGAAGCAGCUUAAGGUUGUUCCCGAUGAGUUUCUCAAGAAAAAGUAGCAAACUUUUUGUAAUAUGUACUUCUAUUUGUUCCUUACCAUGAGCAUUUCUAUAUUACCUUGCAUUUUGAUUUAGGAUGGUGUUAUUGGAAGAGAAUUUUGUAACAGUUUGCUUACUUUUUUU